AUGGCAUUAGAGGAUAAAAAUGAUUAUGAUACUUUUAUAAAUGAAAACCAAAAAUUAAAAAAAUUAACUAAAAAUAUGAGUUCAUUGAUAAUUAACAUCGAAGAUUCUGAUUCUGAUAAAGAAAAACCCAAAACUAAAAAAGCAAAAAAGUCUACUGCUAUAGAAGAUAUAUUAGAUAAUUUUGUUUCAGCUCUUCAAGAAUGCCUUGACAAUCUUACAAAUGUUUUGAAUUUGGAUAGGAGUCAAUAA